CCUUAUCACGUAUUCUGACCCCUAAUAUGUAGAAUGACCCAUAUUGCUUCACUUAAGUAAGAUUAUUAGCAACUCACGUAUGUUUUUUAGGGUUUUCCUGAUCUUUAAAGAUGUUUAAAAGUGUUUUAAGGGUGAAUUUAAAGCGGAAUUUUGUGUGUAGAACCUUUGCGAGUGAGCGUACUGCUUUGUACGAUUUUCAUGUGAAUAAAGGGGGGAAAAUCGUGAAUUUUGGGGGGUACUUGCUACCAGUUCAAUACAAUGAUUUAAGUAUUGUAAAUUCGCAUCUUUUUACACGUAAAAAUGCCUCUAUUUUUGAUGUUUCCCACAUGUUACAGACUGAAAUAUUCGGUAAAGGCUGUGUAGAAUUCAUGGAGUCUCUCUGUACAGCUGAUAUUCAAAAUCUAGGGGAUAAUUCAGGGUCCCUAACAGUUUUCACCAACGAUAGGGGUGGUAUUUUGGAUGAUUUGAUUGUCAACAAAAUCCACGACGAACAUUUGUAUGUCGUAUCGAAUGCUGCUAUGAAGGAGAGCGACAAAAAAAUCAUGAUGACAGGAUUGGAAAAAUACAAAAAAUCCAACACGUCCUCAAAUAUCACCAUCAAGUUCCACGACCCAUCAGAAACUAGUCUACUUGCUCUUCAAGGCCCUAAAGCAGCGGAAAACCUACAAAAAAUUGUGGAUUGCGAUCUAAGCCAACUGUAUUUUAUGAACACCACGUCUGCCACUGUUGCCAACGUUAACUGCAGGGUUACACGUUGUGGGUAUACGGGUGAAGAUGGUUUUGAAAUAAGCAUCCCAAGCGAAAAAUCCGUAGAAAUAGCUGAGGAAUUAUUAAAAAAUGAGGACGUUAAACUUGCUGGUCUUGGAGCUAGGGAUUCGCUAAGGUUGGAAGCUGGUUUAUGCCUAUAUGGAAACGAUAUUUCAGAAAAUACCACCCCAAUAGAUGGAGCUUUAACUUGGUUGGUCUCUAAAAGAAGGAGAGAGCAAAAAAACUUUCCAGGGGCUGAACAAAUUUUGGAGAAGAUUAGGAAUGCUUCAGAAGUGAAAAGAGUUGGAUUACAAUCGGAAAAUGGCCCACCAGCUCGUCAAGGAGCAUUUAUUUUAAACGAUUCUGGUGAACAGUUAGGUACAGUGACUUCUGGUUGUCCCAGUCCAAGUUUGGGAAAGAAUAUUGCAAUGGGGUACAUCCCAACUAAAUUUAACAAAGUUGGGACCAAAGUUAACCUUAAAAUCAGGGACAAGUUGUAUAAUGCAGUCAUCACCAAGAUGCCUUUUGUAAAAUCAAAUUACUACCAAAAACCUAAAUAAAACAAAAAUAAAAAUGCAA